AUGCCCAUAACAGCAGCCAUUCUCCAAGAGUUGGUAAAGCGAGAUUCUGACGCUUCAUCGUCAGGAUUGGGCACUAGUGGAAUUAUUGGUUUAGCAGUUGGCGCCCCAAUCUUUGUCUUUUUUGUUAUUUUAUCAUUCACUUAUUACAAGAAUUAUCGGAUCAACAAACGUGAAGAAAAAGAAUUUCGCGCUGAUGCAGAUUUUGCAGCUGAUGAAACUGAAUUGCCCGAUUAUCCUUCUCAGAAUUUCUAUAAACAAAAGCAUGGUAUCUUAUCCCCUACUUUUGCUAACCAAAGAAAGCCAGAUCCCCAUAUGACAGAAAUCAAUAACUUAUUAACCAUGCCUCCAAGAAUAGGAGUUAGUGGAGGUAGUAUCAGCGACAGCGACAAUAGUUCCAUUGCUGAAACUAUCCAUAAGCAUCCAGUAUUGGACAAUAUCGCCAUUCCAUUUGAGGACCAAACGUCGAGCAGCAGUUUGAACCAAUACGCCAAGAUUUUGGGAACUGAUUAUAAAGCUUAUGACUUCAAGCCAUACUAUGCUCAUUCUAAUCUUUCUCAUAGUAAUUCUUCAUUAACUGAUGUUUCCAGUAAUGGAUCUUACAAAGGAAAUGCCAAAAAAAAUAAUGAGAAAAACAUCCAACAGAAUAGUGAUUAUGAAAAUAGCACUUUGAAUGAUUUUUCCUCCGGUACUCCAUCACCUUCUACCGAUUUGUUUUCUCAAAAUGAAAGAAAUUUAACCCCAAGCCAGCCUAAGUUUCCAAACUCUGUCAGUAAUAGUAGAUUGAGAAAUGAGGUGUUUACCAGUCCUGAGACAAACGAUUCAAAGCAGAAUUUCUAUGAAGCGGAAUUCAGACCUUAUGAAGCUGACAAUAAUUUUGAAGAUGAAAAGAGAAAUGUGAUUGAUACUCCAGAUCAUUAUGAUGAAAGCAAUCCUGAUAAUUAUAUCGAUACCGAUCCAUAUAGCGCUCAGAAAAAUGAAGAUCCUUAUUUAACUGCAAAGUCUGGACCUUCUGACAAAUCUAAUAAUAAUCCUGCUGUCAAUGAGAAUCGUAAUUCUCAUUAUGAUGAUUAUGAAGACGAUACAAAUUUACCCCCUGAAGAACGUGAAAAUUUGCGCCGCAUGAAAUCAGUUUAUCGUGUUUAUUUUGAUCGUGAAAACUCUACCAAACGGAAAUCUGUAGCUCCAGGAACUGCUAUGGUGGUGAGCCCAGAAGAAGAGGCUGCCUUACCAAAGGUUUAUGAUCCAAUUUUUGAAAAAACUGAUGAAAAGACUGAGAAUCAUAAAAGAAUCACUAACUUCACCGUGGCUUCCUCCAACUAUUCUCCAAGAGUGAGAAGAUCAUUUGCUGAUGCAACUUUACCUAUACCCCGUGGAUUUAACGAAAAUGAUGAAUUCCAGUCCCCUUAUCAAAAUACUCAUCAAUUAGAAAAUCCUUCGGCACAACAAGAACAUGGUCAAUUCCAACAAUCGCAAUAUCAAUACCAACCACAGGAUCAGCAGAUAACGGAUCCAUUCCAAAACGAAAUCGCGUCUAUUGAUAAUUACGCAUCUCAAACACACUUCGAUACCCAACAAUAUCCUAAUGAUCAACAUUUUUCCCAAAACCAACAGUAUGAUCAAAAUCAACAAUAUGAUCAAAGCCAAGCUCAAUAUCAUCAUGAUGACUAUGCCAGUGCUUCUAAUGUGGAUAAUCCUCAAUAUCAAUAUGAACCCCAAAAUAAUUAUCAUCCAGACCAAGAUCAACAUCAAAAUCAAAACCAGAAUCCACCACCAACUAAUCCUCCUAACCCUCUCAGACCACUUCAAAAGCUUCCUACUGCUUCUGAGCUUUCUGACUCUGCCGUGACUUCUGACUUGACUGUUUUUCAGUCUCACAGGCACCCUAAAAAGGCUACUACUCCAACAAUGCAAAUGAAACCUUUCAACCCACUAGAUAAUAAAAGUGGAUGGACCAAGUCUCCUACCAUCGUCACCAAUUCACAAUUUGAUGAUCCAUCUCAUACCAUUAGCCAAGUAGCUCCUAAAGCACCUCUGGCAUCGGCGGUCGCAAGAUCAAGUAUUGUGAUGUUAAAUACCACCGAGCUUGGAGCCAACAAGAAGUUCAAACCUGCAGGCACAAGAAAAUUUGUCCCACAGUUGCCAUCAGUGAGGGCCGCAGAUACUGCCACUAAUAUAAUUGCAACACCUCCUGCUUCUGGUGGAAACUUGGGAGCAAAAAAGAAGAACAACGAAAAGAACUUGAGAAAAGCUUUGGGAGGGGAUUCCAUGUUUCCAUAA